GGUCGGCAUUAGAACUGCUGCUCCAACUCAACUGUGUGUGCGCGCACAGACAGACACACAAACACACACUCUCACGAUCAACAGGAGCACUGACUACAGUGCAGCACGAGGCAGAAGCAGUCUGCAACCAGCGCGUGGUUUCUGCUGCAAAAUAAAUCUUGUCUUAGAAACCGUUCUCAGUUCAGUAUUUUGAUUCUUGACGUUGCAAGUUGUUGCGUUUCCUUUUUCAAAGAAGCGGUCCGCAAGACAACACGGAUGGAUGUGGUGAUCGCAGUUUUAUCGUUCUACCCACACCCCUCCUGAUAGAGAAAGGCAGGUCCCAGUCUUCGGCUCCGCUGAUAGCACUGGGGAAAGUGACACUCGGAGAAGCUGGAAGACAAAUCGGGAAGAGGAUAUCGCACGGAGUGACUGUGGAUAUUUUGCUACUGUAAAGACUUUCGUCUCUUUUUUUAUUACUUUGAAAUUAACGACUGUACGACAGAGUCGAAGACCUGGCUUUGGAAUUGGAUCGGGUGAUACCUAACCAAGCGGCAGACAUGGAGUCCCUCCCGAGCUGUUUCCACCAUGUCCCUCUCCGUGCGCCCAUCCCGGCGAAUCCUCUCCAGGUCCAUCACUAGGAGCCAGUCCUUCGCCGGAGUCAACUCCCACGACAAGCCCUACAGGAACCUGUCGGUGUUCAGCACCCCGGGCUGCACGAGGAAGACCCCGUCACGAGCGAGCAGGAUGUUCACCCUCUCCACCAAAUCUCCGCCCCCGAAGGUGCCCCAGCCGGAGCGGCUGGACGAGGUGUACGAGGCGCUGAAGAGAGGCCUGCAGGCUUACCUGCAGGUCCACCAGCUGGAGCUAGACAGCCUCAGCCGGCAGAUGAGAGAGUCCAAGAGGAACUCCAGACUGGGCUUUCUGUACGAACUCGACAAGCAAGUAAAAGUUAUCGAGAGAUUUAUGCGACGGCUGGAGUUCCACCUCAGCAAGAUCGAUGAGCUGUACGAGGCGUACUGCAUGCAGCGCAGACUGCGGGACGGAGCCAAUAAGAUGGUGAAGGCGUACACCGCCUCCCCCGGGAGCCGCGAGGCUCGGGAGAGCCUAUCAGAGGCCAACAAGGGCUACAAGGAGUACACCGAGAACAUGUGCAUGCUGGAGAGUGAGCUGGAGAAUCAGCUGGGAGAGUUUCACAUCAAGAUGAAAGGUCUGGCAGGCUUCGCCCGGCUCUGCGCGGGAGACCAGUAUGAGAUCUUCAUGAAGUACGGCCGGCAGCGCUGGAAGCUGAGGGGGCGGAUCGAGAUCAACGGCAAGCAGGUGUGGGACAGCGAGGACAUGGUCUUCCUGCCGCUCAUCACCGAGUUCCUGUCAAUCAAGGUUACAGAGCUGAAGAGCCUGGCCAAUCACGUGGUGGUGGGGAACGUGUCGUGCGAGACGAAGGACCUGUUCGCCGCUCUUCCCCAGACGGUGGCGGUCGACAUCAACGACCUGGGGACCAUUAAGCUGAGCCUGGAGGUGACGUGGAAUCCCUUCGACAAGGAUGACCCAGGUUCAUCUGCUGCAAGCACGGUCAACAAAGCCCCCUCGGUCAACAAGCGGUUCUCCACCUACAACCAGAGCCCGCCGGACACGCCAUCGCUACGGGAACAGGCCUUCUAUAACAUGCUGCGGAGACAGGAUGACAUGGAGAACGGGACGGCCUGGUCCAACUCCUCCGAAUCCUCCGACGAUUCCUCCAGCCCCCAGCUGUCCGUGGGCCUCCGCCACUCCCACAAGACCCUGGUCCAGCCGGAGGUGCAGACGGUGGCCCCCGCCAUCGAGAUCUCCUUCGCCCCCCGCGAGUCCGCCACCUCCACCCCGACCCGCGCGGCCGGCCGGGGCAAGGAGGAGGAAGAGGAGCGGGCGGAGGAGGAGGAGCUCAAGGUCGGCGAGGCCACGGGAGAGGAGGAUUCUGGGAAGAAGCCGCAGCCGGUGCCCAACGGCCACGCCCGCUACUCGCGCUCCCUCAGCCACAUCAGUGAGCACAGCGUGGACGGCGCCAUGGCGGGGGAGCGGCCGGCCGGCGAAUUCGCAGAGCCCUCCGAGGGCGGGUCCGAGGCCUCGGCCGUCUCCGCCGCCAACGUCGUCAUGGAAAUGCCUGCGUCUCCCGCGGUGACGGUGGAGGCUCUCCCUGCUCCUUCAGAGGCCCAGGACCCAAACGCCCUGCUGCUCCUGCCCCCUGUGGACUACCAAACCCCCUCUGAGCCCCUUCCCAGCUCGAGGGAGAGACACCCCACUAUUUCUGAGAUGGAGGAGGAGGAGCAGGAAACUAGGCCCGAAGCCAGGGACUCGGCUGAAUCUGAGGCCCCACGGCCAGAGAGCCUGGAUGGGGCUUCGUCUGACUCAGGGACUGGGGCAGAUGUGGCGGUGGAGCCGGAGGAGCCCUGCUCGCCUCCCUGCGCCAGCGCGCCCAGGACUGAAGCGGAGGCUCAGGGGGACCCUCCGGCGAUAACGGCACAGCCACUGACAUCCGCGAAGGGGACGGAGGACGUGCCAGAGGCGCUGCCUCCCCAGGCUGCUCCAGAGGAGGCCGAGAAGCCUGGGGCCGUAGUAGCGGCUCUGCCCGGGGACAGUGUGGGGCAGCCGCCCGCGGACGGCGAGGUGGAGGAGGCGUUGAAUGCGGUCGUCUCCUCCCUGGAUGACUACAGGGGGCAGUUUCCCGAGCUGCAGGUCCUAGAACAGGAGCUGCAACUGCUGGAGGAGGCGUUAACGGGCCGCAGUCGAAGUCGCUCCUCAAGUGUGAGCCUGACAGUAGAGACUGCUCUUGGGAGUUUUGACUUCCUGAAUACCUCUGACUUGGAUGACGAGGAAGAUGAGGAAGAGGAAGAUGGGGGGAAAAAGAAUGCCACAGACAGUGAGAGCCCCAGCGCCCCCUGCAGGCCAGCGGAGGAGAGUGCGGGGGAGGACGAGGGGUGUGAGGAGCGCUGCUGGGGGUCCCCCUCCGGGCCCAUGACCACCCGCUGCCCCACCCUGGACGAGACCCUGCUGGUCCACCUGAGGAACUGCAGCACCCAGCUACUGAAACUGGGCACGUUCGGGCCGCUGCGCUGCGGGGAGAUGUAUGCCUUGGACCGCCUCCUCAGGGAGGCCCGCGUUCUGGAGCUCAUCCGCCAGCUCACCGAGGACUCGCCCGCCCGCAUCACCGAGCCCAGCAAGGUGGUGCCACAGCUAGAGCAGUGCCAGGGUGCCCCGUCGCUAUGGAGACUGUGCACAGAAGGCGCCAACGUCUACAGCGCGUCCACAGAGGUGUUCUUGCGGGUGCUGGGCACGGCCUACGCUAGCCGGCUGCCCGAACACGGCGCCAGCCUGGCAGACACAGUGUUCCUAAGCCUGACAGAGCGAAUCCUGGAGCACAGGCUGCCCCGGCGGGGGGGAGGGGCAGGCAGGGAGACCCUCACCAUCUUCCAGUUCUGGAGCUACUUGGAGGCUGAGGGAGUGAGCAUACUGGACACACACAUCACCGAGCUGGCAGAGGAAGUGUGGCUGGUGCAGACCCUGCAGUCCGGGGACCAGGACACUCUGCUGAAGACCCUGAAGAAGCCCCCGGAGUCCAGCCUGAAAAGGGAGGGCCUGCGGGCCAUUAGCCUGCUGCUGACGGACCCCCGGGCCAAGGUGUGCACGGCCGCCAGCUCCCUGCUCCGAGCCCUCGCUGACCAGCCACGCCACCGCGAGAGGGCCCUGGUGAGCUGUCUGGAGCUGCUGGAGGAUGAGAGCGUUGGCACGCGAGUGUCCGGGUGCAAAGCCCUGGCGUGUCUGAAGGCCAAAGAGAGUAUUGAGCAGCUGGUGUAUCUGUGUCGAACGGACAAAGAGGACGUGCGAGACGCAGCCAAACAGGCCCUGCUGGCACUGGGCGAGGAGGGAAGGCUGGCCUAUCGGCACGUAGAGGAGGCGAAGGAUGGUGUGCCCCGUCUUUUCGCCCCGGGCAGCAUGGCCAGCACCGCCUUCUGAGACCACAACCAGCCACCGUUUCCAUGGAAACCACUAUAUCCACGCCAACACGGACCGGCACAGCCACCACAACUAGACCUGCCGCUCACUCACACACAUGUUCAUGCACGCACACAUUCUGCUCAGAGUGAGCGGAGUUAGGCAUACACAACCAAGAAAAAUGGGAUUACACGGCCACACAUAGACACACAGCCAGAGUGAGUGUUGUUACAUGUGCAUAGCCAAGAAGUAUGGGAAUAAGGAACUGACACAUACAUGUGUACACACACAUGCGCACACACACAGUGGGAGUCCAGUUAUCACACACACACUCAGAAAGGGUGAGAUUAUGGAAUGACUCAUACACGUGUGCACACACACAGACACACACAGUGGGAGUCCAGUUAUCACACCAGUUAUGGAAUGACACAUACAUGUGUGCACAUGCACACACGCACAUACACACACACACACACACUCAGAAAGGGUGGGAUUAUGGACUGAGAGACACACAUAGCCAGUGAGUGCCGUUACACAUGCACAGCUGAGAAGUUUGGGACACCGAGACACACACACACGCGCAAAAUUGAGUGUGGCGGCAGUUUCCUUAAUAGGGACAUGAACUUGUUUCAUAAUAUCAGUGAAGAAGAUGAAUAUACGUAAAUGUCUAUCUAUAUAUAAGUAAUAAUACUGAAUAUUUCUGUAGAGCUGUGACACUGUGGAGAAAAAGACAGAGUUUUUACUGCCUUAUGUAGUGGCCUGGCGGCUGUUGCCUUUUCGAGUCCCGCAGAAACAGUGAUGUAUGGGCCUGACAUUGAGCUGUGCGCGUAAGCACUGAUUGGAUGAGAGGAGCGGAAGACCAGAAGAAUGGCUGGACUGAAAGAGGCAUAUGUGGGAUGUGAGGGAAUUUAAGAGGGUAUGAAAUUCCGAUGUGGAAGAGAUGGUCCUGUUCACUUUUUCUUUUUUCUUUUUUUGGUUUGAACUGUGAGCACCUAGUGAGUUUUUGGGUGGAGUCGGUUGGCUUCUGGGUGCGCAGUGCUUGUGUAUGUGGCUGGGGGGAGGGGAAGGAGAUUUGGGGACGGGUUUCGGGAGGAAGUGGAGGAGUUUUUCUGGAAGAAUCCUUUCGUUUUACAAGGACCUUGUUUCAACACUCUGGGGAUUUUGAUCAUAAAACGUGUUCAUAAUAUCACAGUGCCAUCAUUCCAUAUUAUUAUUAUGUUUGCUUUAUAAAAACGUAUCUAUAUUCCACUGGAGGUGUAGACAUUUUCUUAUCGUGCUGUAAUUCAGUUCGUUAUGUUUAAAUCAUUAAAGCACAGACCUAUAUGUGGUGCUUAACACAUCAAUCACCCACAUUGCACUUCCUGAGGCUUAUGCCACAAGCAAUUUAACUGAAGAUUAUCAUUUCUGCUGUAAAGAGUGGGGGGAGGGUUUUUUUAAUUAUUAUUAUUAUUACUGUGGGAAUCUGUAAACUGUGGCAGACGCCAUCUUUUAGGGAAGGGGAAAAUGGAUUGUCCCCAUGGAAUACCACAGGAUUGGCGUUGGUCAAUAUGCAGUGUGACAUCAGAUUGCCCAGGUUCUGGUGCAUUCUAAGAGUGCUGGUUGCAGGAAGACAGUGGUUCUAGAACUGAACCUGGAAUUCACUGAACACAUUCUUAAAUCAAUUCUUCAGUUUUGUUCUGUUGGACAUGGAAAGCUUGGGCAGUGGAUGCCUCUUCAAUAUUUAAGUGCCUCAAGUUACAGUGGAGAGUGUUUUAAGAAAUGAAUAAAUGAAAUAGACAUUUGUAUUUAAGAGUUGCAGAGAAACUGCAGCAAAGAUUUAAGUAUAUUGUUUUAUUUUCCAUAUGACUUACAGAUUGUGCAGCAUAAGAUACAAAUGAUUUACUAUUGAGUUUUUUUCUACAUAAUGUAUAUUGUCUGACAGGAAUCUUGCCUGACAUAAAAUGUAAACAAAAUUAUAAAGAUAUGUUGGAAACAA